AUGGCUGAGCGUUCUGUGAAGCCUGGGCAGGGGAAAGCUGCGGUUUUUAAAGUGGCUUUCAUGCUCCCAAAUAAAGACAAGUACAAGGGGGAGUGCAAAAGUACACCUGAGGGUGUGCUUAAGAGGAAUGGUCCUGGAGUCCACACCGGCGCCAACGGAACUAUGUACACGAGCAGCUGGAAAAAUGACAAGAUGAAUGGUACUGGAAGGCUAGAACAUCCUUCUGGGGCAGUUUACGAAGGUGAGUUCAAAGACAACGUGUUUCAUGGGGCUGGAACCUACACAUUUCCAAAUGGAGCAAAGCACAUUGGACUAUUCAAUGAGAACAAUGGCAUGUUGAAAUUUGCUACAGAGCUUCUACCUUUUACUGUCAUACUAAAUGACAGACGCAAAUUCUGCAUGAAGGCUAAACCUGCAAGUACUCAUCACUUCAGUGAGGGCAUUCAGCAGUAG